AUGGCGGCGUUAAAAUUGUUCAUAUUUACUGUUUUUAUCUCUCUAAUCCUCACCCACAUCAGAGCUGAUGCUGAUUCCCCAUUCUCUGUCGUCGACGAUGAAGUCCAAGUACCCAGAUCGGAUGGCUCUGAUUCUGUUUUGAUAGAACAACUCAAAUCUAAGAUCCAUACUCUUGAGUCUCAUAUUGAGGAGAAAGCUCAAGAAAUAAAACAAAAGGAUGAGGUUAUUGCUACAAAGGAGAAGAUAAUCAAAGAAAAAUCAAACAGCAUUACAUCAUUGCAGAAUGAAAUUGGUUCUCUACAAAAAAAGGGAACAUUAGCUGCUGAGGAACAGCUGGGGAAGGCACAUGCACGAGCUGAAGAAUUGGAAAGGCAGGUGGAGAAACUGAAAACAGACAUCGAAGUGAAAACUAAGGAAAAGGACUUAUUCAAAGCCCGAGAAGAGGAAGCUGUAAAGAAGACGGUUAAAUUAAAUGCCAAAGUUGAGAGUCUUCAAAAGGUCAUUGAUGAACAGAAAACAAAAUUACGUAAAACUGAACGAGCUCUUCAUGUUGCCGAGGAUGAAUUGAUGAAGGCGAAGUCUGAAUAUACGUCCAAAACUAGAGAGUUGAUGGAGGUUCAUGGUGCAUGGCUUCCACCUUGGCUUGCAGUUCAUUUUAGUCAUUACCAGUCGCUUCUGGAGAAAAACUGGAAUGUACACGCAAGACCUGCCUUGGAGAUGGCAAUGCAGAAGGCAAUUGAGAAGAAGGCCCAACUUGAAGAAUGGGCUGCACCACAUGUUGAAACCAUGAAAACUAAAUGGAUCCCAGCCCUAACGGAACAGUGGGUGGUGGUAAAAACUAAUGCUGAACCACAUGUGCAAAUGCUAACUAUGAAAACUCUUGAGAUAUAUGAGGUAUCAAAGAACACUGUGACUCCGCUUAUCAUCCGAGUUCAGGAAAUUGCUGAUCCUUAUUUUCAAGAAUUAAGGAAAUUUAGCAAACCAUAUAUUGAUCAGGUUGCCACUUCAACAAGACCUCAUGUUGAUAAAAUCCGGACUACUUUAAAACCCUAUACAAAGAAGGCAGUUCAUGCUUAUGGAAAGUUCCUCGAGUCUGCAACAGUGUACCACCAUCAGGUAUGAUAGUGCUAUAUGCAU